GAAAAUGUAUUUUAAUGGACUAGUUUAGUGAAAAAAGGUACAGAAUAAAGAAAGCCAACAGUGUAGCAGUGUUGGUAAGGCAAGUCAAGCACCAGUGAAUUGUGUUGGUUCAAAGGACCAGUUCUCCGAGAUUCCCACAGGGGGCUUCGGGUGUCAUAGCAACGUCAGAUAGAGCAGUCAGGCGUUCUCCUUCGCCCUCCGCGUCGCUGAAGAAGCGCGUAGGCAGAGGAAAUUGUUGUGCACAGUCGCGCAUUGUGAAUAUUGACUCUAGUUGGUGUGCAGUGCUGGUGCAACCCAAAACAAAUUAAAUGGCCAAAUAGCUCAAGAAGUUCUUUCUGUCAGCCGGUGUUAUCGCUUCACCCCCCGUGGUGCGGAAACAAGCAGCAGAAAAAUGGCCCAGUAUUACAAAAUAGUGCAGUCGGAUGAGCUGAAAAACUAUCCCCAGUUAAACAUUGACAACGGUAUCCAGCUCGUGAUGGGGGAUGAUGUGCAGUUUGGCUCACAGCAGGUCAUACUAUCGCAGGAACAAUCGAACGAGCUGCAGUUAAUCGGAAGUGACAAUAAUCAGCACCUGCAGCAGAUCGUGUACCAGGCAACUCAACAAGUUCCGCAGCAACAGCAGCAGCAACAGCAACAGCAGCAACAACAACAACAACAGCAACAACAGCAGCAGCAGCAACAACAGCAGCAACAGCAGCAGCAGCAACAACAACAACAACAGCAACAACAACAACAACAACAGCAGCAGCAGCAGCAUCAACAGCAAAUUUUUUACACGGACGAAUCGACAGGACAAAUUUUACACACGGGUAACAUUGUGCAAACCCAUGAACCUCUAGUUGAUACACAGCAGCAAACGUCGCUCCAUGCACUGCAAACGCCAGCUGAGCAGCAGCAACAUCAGCAGCAUCAGCAGCAAUUAUUGCAUCAGACUCAGCAUCAAAUCCAUCAGAUGCAACCGCAGCUGCAGCAGCAUGCGGCUCCACCACCACCACCACCUGCAGCUACGCAAACGCAACUUCACACGUCACCGCAGCAGGCUACGCUAGCCGGCGCCCCAAACCAGCAGGUAGUGCAGAUUGUACAGGGGAUUCCGCGGCACGGGCAGCACAUAAUUUUGCGCUCAACGGAUCAAAGCAAGCACCAACUCACGAUUCAGCAGGCACAGAAUCAUGUUUUUAACAACCCGACGCAACCGGCACAGCUAGUGAUGCAUCAGCAGAUGCUUCAGCAGCGACAAUCUCAGGCCCAAGCGCAGCAAUCUCAACAAUUACAAACGGUACAGCAGCACCAGUCGCAAAUCGUUUACAGCGAACAGCUGCCGCAACAACAGCAGCAGCAAAAUAUGACCAUGACACAAACGGAAGUGCAACAGACGGGUGUUCCUCAGAUCCAGGGAGUUAAACAGCAACAACAAAUGACUUCACACCAGCAGUUGCAACUGCAGCAGCAACAAAAUCGCAUUCACAUCGGUAAAGCUGUCUCGUUGAUGCCACAGCAACAGCAGUUACUUCAACAGCAGCAGCAGCAGCAUCAAAACCAAGGCCAGCAGGCAACCACUAUGCACCUGCAACAACAGGGGAUGGCUGGUACUCAUGUGAUACAUUCCGGUGGUACGCGGCAAUGUUUGAUUAUAACAAAAUCUCCACAGCAGCAACAGAUCGGAUCCGCGCAAAUCGUUGUAAGCCAGCAGCAGCCAAUGCAGAUGCAAUCAAAUCAAGCCUCGAUUGUACAGCAGGCUCCUUCACUCGUCUUCCAACAGCAACAGCAGCAGCAACCGCCACAAGAACAGCAACAACCUUUGGCGCAGCAGCAGGUGAUUCAAUCUCCUCAAUCUCCGAAACCCCCCGUAGGUCCCCGGAUUUCUACACCAUCACCACGGGCCGCUCGGCCGGCGCGAUCUCGCGUGAGCAAAGCGGCUAGCCCCAGACAACCCCGGUCGGCGGUGGGAGGCAUCGGAACGGUACAAUUGCGUGGUAUACGGCCGCCCGGGUCUAAAAUAUUGGUUAGUGCUCCCGUACGCCCAACCGGCACCGUUGUACCGGUAACAACGGCCAUAGGCACGGUGCCGGGCACAUCCUCACAACAGACGCUACAAAUCAUAAGCAGGUCAAAUAUUGUGUUAGCCAACAAUCCACGGGCAAAGUUCUAUACUGUGGCCGGAACCGGUGGGCAACCGCCAAGGCUGGCGGUUAUGCAUCGGGGAAAUAUUUUAACUACCGGACCAACAACCGUCAAUCAGGUACAACAGCAACAACAGCAACAGCAAGGGCAGGGACAGAUACAACUAGGACAACAACAACAACAACAACAACAACAGUUGCAGCAACAACAAGUUUCCCUCGGGCAACAAGUGGUCGGUGGAACGGUCCAGCAAAUGGUGCAAGUAAAUCCGGUACUUUCCCAGUCGUCAUCGCCGCUGGGUAGUACAACUACGACAACAACGAUCGGUGGUGUGGGAAAGCCAACGGCCAAAGUACUACCCACACCCAACACCUCUGUGAGCGGUGCGGCAGGAAAUGUAACGAUCGUGAACCGACUCGAAGAUCUAGAGGAUAGCAUUCCGGCGUCGGUUUUACCCCAACGGACGGUCGAUGAAACACCCGGCGCGACAACGACGUUAAGCAGCAAUAAUGCCGGUGCACCGAACGUUACUGGGGCCAUUUUCGCCGUUCAGCAAUCGCAGCAGAUGCCUCAGCAGCAAGGAACAAUGGUCGAUCAGACGACGUUUGGUGAGACUGGUGGUAGCACCAGUUUGAUACAGCUGGCCAACGGUCAAACCGUCACGCCGGCCCAGUUUCGCAUGUUCCAGGAAAAGCAACAAUCCCGCCAGCAAGAAGCCAUACGCGGUGGCUUCAGUCAGGUAACACGCGGAAGAAGUCCGAUGCGUGGAAUGGUCAUACGGCAUCGUGCCCCAGCAGCCUGUCGGCAAGUGGUCGGGGGAUUGCACGUACAGCAACCGAACCAACUCGUACCAAUGCAGCCACAGAUCACCCUUGCCCAACCGCAGCAACAGCAGCAGAUUCAGCUUCCGCCCACACAACAGAUCAUCCAGCAAUCGCAGGUCAUUCAACCGAUCCAGCAUCUGCAGGUGCAGGGCCAGCUGAGGCAAAUCACGUCGUCGACCACCCUCCAGCAGGUGCACGCCGGUUUACCGGAAGGAGAGUACCGUGAAAGCGCCCGUAUGCUGGUUAUCUUGCAAAAUGGCGAACAACGGCUGAUCACGUUUACAUUGCCGAAGGAAAGCUGCACCGUACAGGAGCUACUCGAGCAGGUCGGUGUGCGAUACUCACGCGAUAGUAACAUCCAGUGCAUUUCGAAUCCGGGCGGAGAUGUCGACUACAUCGUUACGGUUGGCAUUCAUGUGUCCGAGACGGCCGACGUUAUCAAGCAGGCCGAAAUAACGAUCCGGAAUCAAGCGCUCCAGCUACAACAACAGCAGCAGCAGCAGCAGCAAUUGCAGCUACAGCAGCAACAACUUCAGCAACAGAUUUUACAGCAGCAACAACAGCAGCAACAGCAGCAGCAGCAGCAACAACAACAACACGCAAUGAUACACCAGACGAGCGUAAUGCAACAGCCUACCAUGACAAUAACGUUGCAGCAGCAGCCUCACCAAAGUCAGUCAAACCAGCUGGCGCGCUUCAAUGACUCCUUCCGGCAGACCCUCACUCCGAUAACGAUUGCUACCUCGACCGUGAGUAGCAAUCCUCAGCAGGUGAUGACGCCCGUCUCCGCGACCGCCCUGGAUGGUUCGGACGUUGCAAAGCGGGAACCACCGAUGAAGCUGGUUAAAGGUUACUAUGCCGUAUGCGUCGGCUGUGGCUAUACCAGCGUGGACCAUGCCAAAUGUCAACGCUGUCGGCGGGUAUUUACCGAACCACCGCGGCGCGUCCCCGAACCGUCGGCAUCGCCGCAUCUGGCUCCGCUAACCCCGUCCGCUACCUCGACGCCGCUGACGAUUUCUCGUAAGAACGAAAUCUUCAACAAAAAGCAAGCCAUGAACAGCCUACUGUCUGUCGGGCGGGGCCGUGGAGGAAGCACUCGCUCUGGUCGUGGAAGGGGACGCGGUGGCAUGACCAAGGCCCACGACAUCGAACCCGUUGUGUUCACGCUCAGCAGCGACGAGGAGGAUUCUUCGUCCGCUGAUCGUACAAAGCAUACGAGCAAAAAGGCUUCCAAUUCGCCCUCCAAGAGCCACACCUCCCAGCUUCUAGACAAACGGGAUCCUUUGCCAUGUGAACCGACUAUCAGCGACUCUGAAGUUGGGCUGCCUGCCGACAAACCCCGGCUGGACAUUACGGACGUGAAAAAUCUUCCGGACGGCCAAAUCACUCAGCUCGAUUGCUCGAUCAUCCGGAUAGGCACGCUGAAGUAUGACGCGAACGAAAAGGUUACGCUCUCGUCAAAGGGCAUUCGCAUUUACGCACCGAAUGUGAAGCGUCCAACGGAUUACGUUAGUUUGGAUCUGCAAAUGUCGGAGAUAGCGAAGGUGCUGAUACAUUUCUCGAAAGCACUGAACGUGAUGAUCGUGUUCACGCUGCCAUCGUGUGGUGCGUACGUGAGGAAACAUCUGGAAAUGGAGCUUAAUGAUGAUAAACGUCCCUACUUUAGUCCCGUGAGCCGUGAGAAUGAAGCGCACCGGAGAAUCAUUCUGAUGAUGGAUCGUGUCAGCGAGGAAUCGAAAUCAAUUGUAAAAAAUAUAUUUGUUGGCCAGCAGAUGGAAGAAGUAAGUGCACGCGAUGCGAAUGCCCUGCUGAUCCGGUCGGCUCCCCGGCGUUCGGUCGAUACGUCCUCUGCCUCUACCGUGGCCGCCACCACAAACGGCGGACGUCGCAGCUCCGACGAUCUCGAUGCGACCGAGAUCCGAAAGAUUCUCAUCUAUCCACCCGGCAAGGGUGGCAUAUCAAUCAACACGGAGGACUACAUGUGUUUGGCGAAGGAUCAGUACUUGAACGAUGUGAUCAUCGACUUCUAUCUGAACUAUCUGAAGCUGGAGAUGCUCAACGAGGACGAACGGAACAGUGUGCACAUUUUCAGCUCAUUCUUCUAUAAUCGGCUCACGACGAUGUCGACCCGGCAGCGGACCCACGGUGGUGGGGACAGGGAUGUGAAACAGACGGCGGCCCAGAAGCGGCACGCACGCGUUGCUAGCUGGACGAAGAAGGAAAACAUUUUCGAAAAGAAAUACAUCGUCAUUCCGAUCAACGAGCAGUCGCACUGGUUCCUGGCUAUCAUAUGCUUCCCCGGGCUCGAUGUUCCCAUGUCGUUGAUCAGCGAUGCCCCUUCGCCGGCCGUCACGAAGUCGAAAAGGUCGACCGCCAAAUCGAAGCAUAGCGUAACGCUGCAGAUUGGAAACACAACCAUAACGCCGGUAUCGAAGCGUGGCCUCGAGACGAUCGCACUCGGUGACGACGAGCUGUGCGAGAGGGACGAAGCGGAGGGCGACGAGAGUGAGCUGGCCAGCGAAACGGAGGAAACGGAUGAGGAGCCCACCGACGAACGGGCACCGAUAAAACAACCAUGUAUACUGAUUUUCGAUUCUUUAACGGGAGCUUCGAGAAGUCGCGUUGUCGCCACACUGCGCGACUAUCUAACCUGCGAGUAUAAGGCAAAAAUGCCGGGAAAGCCGGCAAAAGUGUUCAACAAGCACAACAUGCCCGGCCACUGCGUGAAGGUUCCGCAGCAGAACAACUACACCGACUGUGGGCUCUAUCUGCUGCAGUACGUGGAGCACUUUUUCUUGGAUCCAAUAACAGAUUACCACCUGCCAAUAAAGCAGCUGCAAAACUGGUUCGAUACAAUAACGGUGACCAAGAAGCGGGAAGACAUUUCCAACCUGCUGAAAGAACUGCUUCAAAAGCACAAUCCUGACGAACUGCCGCUGCCGCCCAUCGAACUACCAACGCUCCAAGGUAAACUAAUAAUCGAUCCGGACGAAAGCCUCAAUGAUCCCGAGUUCGAAGAGGAGGACAUGGAAGAGGAGGAGUUUGUGAGUGCGCUCAACGUAACGCCGGACAGCGAGGACCAGGAACCUCCUACCCCCGAGACGCCGACACCCGCGCCCGAGCCCGCUAGCAAAAGUCUACUCCAACCGGUCGGCUCGAAGCGAACGUUCAAGAUAAAACGCAUGACAGGCAGCCAAUCUCUCGCUAAUCGCUCGAACAGUGGGAACAGCCUGCUGGACGAAACGGCGCUAGUGGUGGCAGAAAGUACUAGCACAAACAAGCGACCGCUGGAGACCAGUUCCGGUAGUGCGAACAAACUGAACCAGCAGGAUUGUGGGCGGCCCAAGGCACCGCGAAUCAGUGAUAGUCCGAAUAAGGUAGUUACUACGCAAACUUAAUCAACCACGUCAACGGUGAAGUUAAUCGUUCUAAUAAAACUAAACUCCUGCACACAUCAUCGGCCGGCUGUACCACUCUGUCGAGGUGUGUAGUUUCUCUUAUAUCAAUGUAACUGUGGGAGAGGAGGCCUUCUUUUGCGUGAGUCUAAACUGUUUUAGGGUGGACAUGAUUUCUAUUAGUAGGACCCCAUUUGUUUUCCCGUCGGAGUUGGCUAGAUUUGCCCUAUACUUUGUAUAACUUUCUUAUAUAACACUGUACGUGUUAUCGUUGACAUUGUUUACGGAACGCCCGUAAUAGCACCCCGAUCCCCCUCCCCCCUACCGAAAGCUCAUGUAUGAAGUUAUUUCGGAUUUUGUUGUGAUCACUCUAUUCGUUUGGAUUCAGGGACCUUUAGUAGCGUUAGUUUCUGUUAGAUGUCAGGUGAGCUGGUGGAUUGAGGUUAGGGCUGUGGGGGUUACGCUAGCAACACAACCACCUAGAAGAUGCGAUCUACCGUCGCUCAAUACAUGGCAACGGUUGUUGUUACACCAUAUUUUACAUUCUGUUCCUAAUUCUUUUCAUCAUUAAUUAUGCUCUCAUUUUGAAACGUUAUCCACAUCGUUAGUUAGAAUACAUAAAUUGGUUUUAGUUACUUCUUCGAAUGUCGUGUCACGAUUCAAUUGAUGUAAAAUGAAUAUGUAGUUCAUAAUAAACAACCUGCAAA